GCAACAUGAUGAAUUGAAUUUUUUAAAAGUGGAAAUUGAUCUUGAAUAAAAUUAAAUGUUCGAAUAUUUUUGUGGUUAUCCGAUAACGAUGGGUCACCCUGUGUUUUUGUAACAUUUGAAUAGAUACAAAUCAGAUAAUAAAUCUUUCUCUCAGCCCAGAAGAUACAUUCCACUUGUCAUUUGAGUUACUGUUUCUUGUUGUUUUUGUUUUUGAGCUGGUGAAAUUUUUCGUUAUUCUCAUUUCACAUUCCCCUACACAUCAUUUAGUUGCUUUUGUAUUAUGUUCUUCGUAACAUUUGUAUCGUAUUCGUAUCGUAUCGUAAAAACAUAAAAAAAAACCUUUAAAAGAAGGGUGUGUGCGCUCUGGAUGUCGGUCUCGAUUCUCGGGUCUUGAAACUCGGUAUAGGAACAUUUGAAAAAGCAACAAAAUAAACAACAACAAAAAAUAGUAAAACAAUUUGUUAUGUUUUCUUGUUUGCCGAUGCGCAAAGUCAAACCAUACAUACAUAUACAAAUAUACAUCUGGAAGUUUCUCUAUGCACAUCAUUAUACGAACGAGCCCAAAACCACACCACACAACGAGAAUGAGAACGAUGAUGACAAAAAAGAGUGGAAUCUAAAAGAUACGCCCGCAUCAAAAACAUCCGCUUCGAUUAGAAAAUAGAAAGACAAAAAAAAAACGACAAAUAUCAGAAAAUUCCCUAAACCUCACUCAAAUUGAAGAAAAAACAAACUCAAAGAUACAAAAUUUUGAGUGAUUAUACAUGAAAAAUGGAGAAAUGGAUAAAAGAUACUAUUGUAUCUCAAAAAUUCAAAUCUGCGCGAAAUUGCGAUAAACAUUUUUCCCCUUUCUGGAAAUCUCACUCCAUUCUCAAAAAUACACACUUAACCAACCACAAAGAUACAUUUUUCUCUCUCUCUGUAGAUUCUUUUUCUAAAAUUUAACUCAAACUCAAUUCGAGAAGUCGAAUCGAAUGAAUCCCAUUCCCAUCCCAUUCGGAGUAAUCAAGUGGAGGUAUUUCUGGGUGGGAAAAUUAUGUAUCUUUUUGUAGAGUUUCGGAGUGGAAAUUGGAAUUAACGUCGUCGAAUACGAGUGAAGGCAAAGCAAAAGACAACACAUCAUCGCCAUCCAAUCCAACACACAAAAUUUGUAUCUGAAUCUUUUUAACCAACUCGAAAUCGAACCGAAACCGAAACACCACCGAAGGAGCUCGAAACACCAUCGAUGAAGCGACGACGUAGGUGAGGAAACCGCGGAGACCGACAAGCUACACAACCUACAACCUACAACAAGCCUAUUCAAGACGAGUGAGAGUUUCUCAGUAACUGAGUAUCUGAGUGAGAAAUAGUCCGAUUCUAACAUUCAAACUGAAUGGUUAAUCGACAAUCUUGUAUGCGCGAUUCUCAUUUCGUUUUUGUGUUUCUCCAUAUAUUUUGUUUUGUUAUUUUUUUGAUUUUCUGUGUUUCCCAACAUUCGUCGUUGUCUUAAAAAUCAAAUUUAGAAAAAAAUUGAAGAAAAAUAUAAAAAGAAAGAAAUAAAUAAUUUAUAUCCAUCUAUCAUAAUUUUUUGAUAGAUAGAUCGGUCGUGUCGACUCGCUACCAAAACCAAAACCAACCAUAAUAAUAAUCAAUUGUAUCUUUCAAUCGAAAGAAAGAAUUCAAAAGAAAUAUUCAAAUCCGGUAUCUGUGAGUUUUUACAAAAAUCAAAUCCAAAAAAGAAAAAGAUUCUCAUCAAUCUAUCUUUUAUUCUUUUUUGGUAGUAGAAUUAUUGUAGUGGUUUCCUCUUGUUAAACAAAACACACAACAACAACACCAAACACCAACCAACAUCAAAAAAUAUCUUUCUACUGGAAAAAAGUAUCUUUAAAAUAAAUGAUUGUCUAAAAACCGCGUAUCUAUUCAGUGAAAUUGAAAUAAUAAUAAAUAUUUUUUCUUUUUCAUCAAUUUUGAUAAAAGAAAGUAAAACUAAAAAGUAUAUAUCUUUAGAUACUUCCCAACCCAACUUAACCUACCUACUCGACUUCUACUUCGAUUCGUAUAAAGGUCUUAGAGGGUUUAUCUUCAAGUUAAAAGUGAAAGAAAUUCCUCUUAAAGAAUUUUUUGGUUUUUCGUUCGUGUUUCGUUUUUCGUGUGUUCGUCUUUUUUUUAUUCUGUGUUACCCCCGAGAACCCAAACCGCCUUCGAACUCUAAUUUGAUUUUCCAAAAGAUAUUCAAUCUAAAGUGUGUCUUUUCUUCCUAUACUCGUAUAUUUUUAUAUCUUUUUCGCCUUUGGUUUGUUUUUUUUUCUUCUUCGAUUGAUGGUGGAAAGAAAUUUUAAUUGAAAGAAGUGGUGAUGUGGAAGAAAUAAGUUUUUCUUUUUAAUAUUUAAAAAAAAAAUAUCUCCAAUUGGAAUAUAAUUAAAACACACAUCCUAAUUCACUAUCCUCAAAAAAUAUCUUAACUAUUUUUUACUGUUCAAUAAUUAAUAUCUAUGCCUUGUAGUUCUUCGUCGUCUUCUUCUUCAAAUUUAUAACAAUAAAUAAAAAUAUCAAUCGGAAUAAAUAAAUACCAAUAAUUUAAUCAAACAAAAAAUAAAAUAUAAUAUUUAGUGAUUCAUGAAUUAAAAAAAGAAAAUAAAACGAGAUACAAAAAAAAAUUAAAAAAGAAUUUGUAUCUUUGUCUUAUUAGAAAAACGUGAAGUUUAAAAGCAAAGAGAAAAAUAUGAAUUAAAUUCAAUAAUUUACAAAAUAAAAUAAAAGUGUUUUAAUAAACAAAUUAAAAAAAAAGAAAAAUCUACGAACUUCGAGAGGACUGAGAAAGAGAAAUAAUAUUGAAAAAAAUCAUAAGUAUUUGAAAAUACGUUGUUUUUCGAGCAUGGAUCAAUUUUGAAUAAAACAACAAAAUUGUUUGUGGAUAGUUUGGAUAAAUUAACAAAACAAAACCAACAACAAAAAUAUUUACCGAAAUUGCAUUGCAUUUAUACAUCUAAAAUAAAGGAAUUUUCUUCUAAUAAUAUAAAAAAACUAAAAUAAAUUUCUAACUGCCGUAAAUCUACUCGCCACGUAAAGAGACGUAAGCCCCCCUCAAUUUUCUAAAAAAAAUUCAACAAACAACCGAAAGAAAAUCUAGAGACACAGAAAUGACACUUCUUCAUCCAAAGUGACAUUUUAUUUUUUGGGUUUGAAUUAACAGAAAACUACGGCCUUGAAGGGGAUCAUCAUUACUUGAGUCUACUUUUCAUACAUAGACAAAAAAAUAUAAAAUAUAGUUGUGAUUUUAUUUGACAGAAAAAAGCAUGGUCCGCAUGAAUGUAUCGGUAUCAUCGCAAGAACAACAUCAACACAAUCACAUUAAUAAUAACAAUGCCGUAACAUAUAACAACAGUAAUAGUAAUAACAACAAUAAUAACAACAACAACAAUAAUAAUAACAACAUUAACAACAACAACAACAACAAUAAUAAUAAUAAUACAACUAACGGUCAUAAACACAAACACAAACAUUCAAAUAAUAAAAAUAAUAAUAAUUAUCAAAGCGGCAACAAAUCAAUAACACAAGUAGGGAUGGUUGUAGGCGUGCAGCAACAACAACAGCAACAACAACAGCAGCAGCAACAAAAACAGCAACAACAUCAACACUAUCCACGACAUCACCAACAGUCUUCACCAGAUGGUUCAACAUCUUUGUCGGCGUCACCGCCACUUAUUCAACAGACGGCAUCAGCGCCCCAGGGCGCUUCCUUAGUACCGCCCUGUGCCUUGCAUCAUCCGCAACAGCAUCAGCAACAUCAACAGCAACAGUUGGCAGUUAUUGCUGCAAUGCAUCACUUGGCCGCGGCCGGAGCUGGUGGAGUACCCAUGAACCACCAUCAAAUUCACCAUGCUCCACCACCACCGCCUCCACAUCACCAUGCCCUACAUCCACACCAUCAUCCACCACCGCAACAGCAGCAGCAACAACAGCAACAACAACAGCAACAGCAGCAACAACAGAGUGGUAGCCAACAACAACAGCAACAGCAACAACAGCAACCCCACGAAAACGGUCAUGGACCGAAUAAUGGCAAUGUAAAUGGCAACGUUAAUGGCGGCGGAGGUGGUGGUGGUGGCAUGAAUGGUGUUGUAGCCACAGCAGCACCAGCUCCCCAAAAUCCAGGACCUCCCCAGCCGCCACCUCCAACGCCGGUCUACAUCCAGUAUCCAGGAGAAUUUUAUCCUGCUGCCGAAUACUACAUACCACAUCAUCAUGACAACAUGUGCCCGGCACACCACCAGCCGAUGUGCACAAUGCCUUCAGAAUAUGGUCCAACAACGGUACAAAUGGUUUCACAAAAUCGCCCGCCCCAUAUGCAGGUACCAGUGCAAGUACCCCAAGGUCAAGUCAUGCAACAAUAUGUCAACGAGAGCGGCACCUUGACUCAUGUUGUUCUGUCUCCAACCCAGUAUCCGCAAUUGCAUACAGGUCAAGGAGGCGUCCAGCAUAUUCAUGCGCCAUUUCUAGCGACAAAUGGUACAUCACAUUUCUAUUCACCCCUGCCAGCUGGAUUCCCACCCGGUCCGGGUGGAGGGCCAGCGCAUUUUCAUCCGAUGACAGGUGGGCAUUUGCCACCACAACAAAUGUCACAUUCUCCACAUUCCCCAUCACCGCCAAACAACAAUUAUCACAACAAAGACGAACGAACGCAGCGCCAACACACGAAAUUGCUGCGUAAAUUGGAUCAAAAGCGUGAAUUGAAUUCAGCGAUGUCGACUCCAGCUCACUCUCCAUCACCACGAAAGAACGAACUAAAUGGUAAUCAUCAUCGACGAACAUCACGAAAUGGUGCCUCAUCGGUUGGUACAUCUGAAGAUGGUGAAGAAUCAUCAAGUGUGCCAGAGGACGAAGAAGAUACCCAAACAAUAAUCGAGCAAUUGUCAGCCAUUCAUAAGCCAGAGGUAAUUGACAUCACAUCUCGAUCGGCAAAAAUAAUUUGGGAAGCACCAGCCAUUACUGAUAACCUCAUUAAUUCCCGAGACUUACGCUACAAUGUUCUUCUUAGCGAUCGUGCCAAGGAGUGCAAAUAUAAGAGUCUAUAUAAAGGUGAAUCUUACGACUGCAUUGUUCAGGACUUGCAGCCCGGCCAAGAGUAUGUUGUGCGAUUACAAGUCCAUUAUGAACAAUUGCAAGGCUCAUUUUCAGAACCGACUGAAUUCACAACCCCACCGUGUGAACCCGACCAACCAAUGCCACCGAAACUGAUCGUUCGCACGAGGAACUCGCUGCAAUUACGUUGGACAGCACCAUACAGCAAUGGAGCUCACAUUCAACAAUACAUCCUCGAAUAUGAUGAGGGCAAGGGUAAUCAUUUCGUAGAAGCUGCUAAGACCAAGAGCAGGCAGUACAUCCUAACAAAGCUGAUGCCAUCGACGGUGUACAAUUUCCGGCUAUCUGCAAUAAACGAAUGCGGUCCAUCAUUGUAUUCGGGAAUUGUGGCAUACAGCACUUCGGGCAAUCCACCUCAGGCUCCUAAAGCUCCCACCUUGCAUUCGGCAACACCAAAUUCACUACGCCUCGCUUGGGAGCGACGUAAUCAAGAUGGUGAGUUCGUCCUUCAGAUGCUUGACCGUGACUCGGGCCAUGGCUACUUGAAUAUGUACAAUGGACCCGAGACGAUCUAUGAGUGCUGUGACCUGCGUCGCUCCACAUCUUAUCAAUUCCGACUGAGGUCGGACAACGAAGCUGGUUCCUCACCCUGGUCCUCUGAAGUGGCAUAUAAAACUCAUCCCGAGCGACCAGGACGCCCUGGAAAGCCGCAGGUGAAGGGCAAAAUUCAUGGCAACUAUUUCAAAGCGAAGUGGGAUCCGCCAAACGAUCGAGGUGGGGCCGAAAUAUCUCGCUACUACUUGGAGAUCAGCUCUGGACCAAAGUUCGAACGAGUCUAUGCUGGCCGUGAACCAGAGACCGUGUGUGAUCGCCUUAGCCCGGGCACAACCUACCAGAUUCGAGCCGCCUGCGAGGGACCUGGUGGCAUGAGUGGUUACUCGGAUGUCUCCACUGUGACAACUGAAGCUAUUGUACCUGGAGCUCCAGAGCCACCUCGUUGUGAUAACGCACCUGGUCCCUAUGCGGCUGUGUUAAAUUUCGACAGACCAGACUACAAUGGUGGCGCCCCUGUUCUGGAAUUUGAAGUUCAACUGAAUGGCAAUACCCUUAUCUACCGCGGCAGGGAUUCCUAUUGCAUUGCCAAGGAUCUGACACCAGGCGAGCGAUACGAGGCGUGUGUCCGCGCUAUCAACCGCAUUGGCGCCGGUCCAUGGUCAUCAACGUUGCGUUUUGCAGCUGCCGCAGCACCGCCAUUCGCCCCUGAUGCCCCCGCAGUUGUUGUCCGAUCACCCACACAUCUGACUGUUUCGUGGAAGGAGCCACAGAGCAACGGCGCCGCCGUCAGUGAGUACCGUCUGGAGAGCUCUACAGCAGCCAACGAGUCCAAUGAUAGCUUUAACAUGUGUUACCGCGGAGUAAACACCACGGCCGACAUUCGCAAUCUAUUGCCCUUCACUUUGUACUUCUUCCGAGUGAAUGCCUCCAAUGUGGCUGGCAGCAGUCAAUGGUCACCGGUGGUGUCGACAAAGACCCCAGCUGCCAUUCCCACAGCACCACAAAUCAAGAGCUAUGAAUUCACAGCCAACGAGGUUUCCCUCAUUUGGACACAACCUGAGUGCAACGGUUCCGAAAUUGUUUCCUAUACUAUUGAAUACGCUGAGCGUUCAAUAUCAACCGAAGAUAACUCCUUGGAACACACCAUCACCGGUCUGACACCAGAGACCAACUACAAAUUCCGUGUCCAGGCCAUAAAUGGCGUUGGCGCCGGUCCAUUCUCGAGCUAUGUGAAACUAACAACGUUGCCACCUCCACCAGAGCCACCACAACUCGAGUGCACUGGCCUGGGGCACAAUUUCAUCAAACUCAAGUGGGGAGAUGGAAAGAAUUUGGACUUUACCAAAUACUACGUAGAGAUGUAUGUGAAUCGAGCAAAAGACUUCCAACAAGUGUACAGUGGGACGAAUGCCAUGUGCAAGGUUAACAAACUCCAGGAGCAAACCGCCUACGUGUUUAGAAUAUGCGCUGGCAAUGAUCGUGCCGGAGUGGGAGAGUAUUCAAAGGAGUACACCUUCAAGACGACUGCAACGCUUCCCGGUCCUAUUAAAGCACCUCGCAUGGCUAUGGAUAGUGGUUGUAUGUUUGGCAUGAGUCCAUGUGUGGGCAGCAAUGGAGCACCUAUUGCGUCGGGUGUGUUGCCUGGUAGCCAGAGUCCUUUCGGAAUUCCUCUGACAUUGGAAUGGCAGAACAGCAAGAAUUCGUUCAGUGAUCCCGUGGAGUAUGCUCUGCAGUAUAGUGUUGGUAAAGAUGGUGAUUAUAAACAGAUUUAUCGAGGACCAGAUACCAAAUUCACAAUUGAAAAUCUCGAGCCUGGCGCACUCUAUCUGUUUCGUGUGUGUCCCAUCCGAGUGUGCGCAUCUAAAGCCAGCGAACUUCCUGGCCAAUUUACCAACCCCUUCCGUUAUCAGGUGCCACCAUUCAUCGAUACCAUCGAUGGAAAUCUCUUUGCAGCCAGUUCAGCGGCUCUAGCUGCCGCAGCAGCUGCCAGCGGCAAUGCCUUUGCUGCGCACCAUGCACACCAUCUGCACCAUCAUCACCACGCGCAUGCGCACUCUCACGCCCACUCACACAUUCACAGCCACCACAGUCGGCACCUGCAAGCAGCCACAAUGCUUGUCGGCGGCAAUGGCAGUACAAAUCACCUGCAUCAUCGCUCCGUUAGCGCCUCAGCUAUCGGCUCGAAUGCCUCCAAUGGAAUCGAUGGUGGUAAUGCCUUCGGCCUCAUCCCAAUUAGUGCCAAUGACUUAGCCAACUUUGAAAACAACUGCGAGGAGCUCUUCAAAGGAGCCCUCCAUCAUCCACAUCACCAUGCCAUGAACCACAGUGCUGGCAACGGUGGUGGCAGUGGCAUUCUUGCCGAAAUGGCCAAUAACGGUGCUAUUCGACGUAUUACAGGUAAACUAAGUGCGCUCUACACAAAUCGAAAACGGUUCACUGAUCAAGAGAAGGCCGUUAUAUUUAUGGUUUCAUUUUUAUUUAUUGCGUUUCUAUUCGCCGCCGUUGUGAAAAUGCUUAUGAGAUAAAAUAAAAAUACCCAUGUGUAUCCGACGCCUCCUAUGUAUAGGUUUUGAAUCUUCUAAGAAUGAUGAUAAAAUUAUUUUUAAAAAAAAUUUAACAAAUGAAAAAUAAUGAGUGUGUGAUCAAAAAACAAAAAAAAUGGUAUAUAGAGGUAGGGGAGAAGGUAGUGAGAAUAUGUAGGAUUUUGAAUGUGACACACAAAAUAGAGAUGUUUUCAUUGAUUUCUAAUUUUGAAAUACAAUAGAAUCAUCAUCAUUUUCAUAUUCAUCAAAAACCAACCACCAACUCCCGAGACACCCUAUAUACAUAGAUACCAAUACGCCCCCUCCCACGCCCACUCCCAUUUUAAGUGUGCCCUUUUUCUAUAUGCUCGCUAAAUAUGGCUUUAUUUGUUCCACUUCCAUUAGAAUAUAAAAUUUACAACAAACAAACAAAAAAUAUAAUAUAUAUAUAUAUUUAUAUAUAUGUAUACAUAUGGAAAUAUAUACAUACAUAUAUAAAGUAAAAAUAGAGAAUAAAGGAAUUUAUGUAAUGUGCAUUAUUAAAGGGUUUGAGGUAUACUUACGUACAUAUAUAUAUAUAAAUAUAUUAAAAUUUAUAAUAAAAGAAUUUUUGUUUCAAUUUUAAAAAAAUAUACAAAAUAUUUAAAAAAAUAAAUAUAAAUUUUGCAAUUUUAAGUUUUAUAUAUUUUUGUCUCUUACUUUUAUUUUUAUAUUUUAAACUAAUAAAAAAAUACCUAUGUCCUUUUUAAUUUAAAGCGAAAUGUCAGAAUUAGCUAAUGAAAUAUUAUUGUUAUUAGUUUUUGUUUUUAAUAUUUUCUAUUUUUUAAUAUUACUAUAUACAUAGUAUGAAUAUAAUGUAUGCAUGGUUUAAAAUCAUUUUUAUAAAUAGUUAAAAUUUAAAUGAAGCGAAAAAAUGUGAAUAUAAUUAAAACAAGAAAUCAAAUAUAAAAAAAAUUGCUUAGGAAAAAUGUUAAAACUAAAUUUAAACAAAAAAAAACACAUAAAAAGUAAAUUUAAAACAUUAAAUAAAUGAUAAUGUUAAGAGAGAAAAGAUGUCCUAAAUGUUAAAUAGAACAAAAAAAGAAAACAUUAUUAUAAAUUGAUUCAAUUAUAUAUAUAUAUUAAAAAAAAAGUGAAAGAAAAUUAUAAAACAAUUAAUGAUAAAUAUAUAUAUACAUAAAUACAUACAUAGUUGUCGUCCCGAUUAUCUCUCUCUAAAAUAAAUACAAAAAUGUAAUUUACUAUAAAAUAAAUUGUGCUACAAGUGAAACUUUAACGUAAUAGAAUAUUUAUAAAAACAAAAACAAGAAAAAUCCAUGACAUUGUUGUAUUUUGUUGAGAAUUAUGUAUAUUUUAUGCAGGAAUUUGCUAAAUUAAUAAUACACUCACACUUAUACACCCACAAACACAAACACACACUCACACAACCAAUCAAUACACAUACAGGUUUUUUUUAGCAUAAGGAUUGUGGUUCAAAAACUACACAGCUUUAUGAAUUUAUCUUUAUUUAUUUUUUCGAUUUUAACGUUUUCUUACAAGGUCGUAAUGCAAUUUCUAUAAAAUUUGUAUAAAUUACUUUUUUGACAAAUUUUACAAAUUUCAAAAUUCCAAAUUGUCCAAUUUUUAAGUACCAAGGAAUAAAAUGACUGUGUUUCAGGAAGUUCGAAGUAUAAAUAAGAACGAAUCAAAAUAUGUUAUAAAAAAUUUAACCUUUUCAAGGUGAAAUAUUGUGAGUUCUAAAAGAGUGAUGCAAUCUUCGCCAAUCUAAAAGUUAGUUGCUCACCGAGGUUAAGAUUAGAUAUAAUUAGAAGUUUCUUCGAGCCAAGUGCUACUGUCAUGGUCGCUUAAGAUACAAUUGUGGUAAAGACCCGAUAUGUGCAUUUUUCAUUUUUAGGAAUGUCGCAUUUUUCAUUUUUUGGAAUGUACCUGUCAACCAAAUUAUACUUUUUUCUAAGGGUUUUGAUGUCCGUAAUUUGAAACUGAAUUCAUAAUCAAUUUAUCACGUCAAGUCUUAGAAAUAAAACUUUUCAUAAUUCGAAAAAACCUUAUGUUGGGAUUUUAAGGCUAUUAGGGUUCCAUGGGUAAAUUCAGAUUUUCUUUGAAAAUUGAUUUUUUUUUGUGGCGCGUGAAACACGAUUGGAGUUGUUUUUCUUUGUGAAACUUCAUGUGCGUAUUAACGAAUGCAAUGCAAAAAUAAAUCAUCAAUUCCUCAUGGAAGUCAAAAACAGAAAAAAUGGAUGUUUUGACAGAUCUAGACGAAGAAUAAAUUAAUUUAACUUACCCAUGGAAAACCCCAUCUGUCAAUUCAUGAAAUAGUUUUUCUUUUCAUUGAAAUUCGUGAUGAUUUACCAAUUCUACAAUCUUUUUCUUCAACAUUCCGUUUCAAUAUGUCAGUAUUUUUUUUUAUUUUUCAAAAGCUUCUCUUUUGUUGUAAGUUUUUACCUGUACUACAUUAACCUUAAAAGAUUGCUGAAGUAUUUAUACUAAAAGAGUUCUUAACGUGAAGAACGCAAAUUGGUUUGGUAGCAAUUUUUGUUCUUAUUACGAAUUUGUAGUCUUAAGGUUAAAAUAUUAAGUUUUUGGAAUAUAUUGAAAACAAAUACAUACAAAUAAUGGCUGAAUCACAAACACGCUUUAGCUUCGGCCUCAUCUACGUUACGGUGGGCCUGCUUCGAAGUUGCUUUGAAUGACAUUCUGUUAUUACAUCCCUUCAAAGAGCUAAUAUUUUGUUUGUUGACAUUUUUGUACAGCAGUUGAGCUGUCAGACAAAGCAAAAGUUCAGCGAAUUUGAACUAGAGCUUCCGUUUGGAGUCACAUUACGUAUUAUUAAGUAUUUUUCUUACCAAUGUCAAAUGAAACGUGAGGUCGAAGCUUCAUUGUGAUAGCAUGCAUUGAAUUCCUACGGCUGAACUCGUAAACGUCAGGCAAAGCCGAAGAUGAAGCGUGUUUGUGUUUUAGAUAUUACGGUUCGAGGUUGCUUUGAAUUUUAUUUCAUCCUUCCAAAGAGCAAAUAUUUUGUAUAGCAGUUGAGCUGUCAUACAAAGCAAAUGAUCAGAUAAUUGAACAGAGCUUCCGUUUGGAGUCACAUUACGUUCUUUUCCUUACGAUUGUCAAACAAAACGUGAGGUCGAAGCUCCAUUGUGACAACAUGCAUUGAAUUCAUCAAAAAACUAACACUUAAACGAAUUCAAAACCAUAAAGAAAUUACAUUCACGGUUUUUCAAAACUUCAGAUAGAGAAAAAUAAAGACCCAUGGGUCAUAAGUCAUUUUAAAACUAAUGAAAAAUUACGAAAACAUGGUGAAAUGCUUAAUUGAUUAAAAAUAAGUCUAGAAGAUAAAGAUUUGUAGAAGAAGAAGUUAUUUAAAGUGAAACUAAAAAUUUAUUUAAACACAUUUGAACUUUUUUAAAAAGUUUAAAUUCUCACAAACUGUUAGAAAAGAUUUGACGAACGAUGUCUGAAGACGCAAUAAAUGAAAUUCCUAAUAUUCCAAAAUCCAACUUAUUGAACAUUAAUUUGUGUUGAAUUUGUUUUUAAACUAUAACUACCUAACAGUCUUAGGAAGAUUGGUCAAGUCACAGCUAUAAACAUCACUAAAGUUUAUCUUUGGUUGGUUGAUGUUUGGUUAUUUCGAGAAAAUUUUGGUUAAAAAUAUGAUUAGUCAUAAAAUAGGGUAAAGCCAUUUCGCAAAUGAUGAGCUCAUGCGUCUCGAAAAAACUAGUCUUUUGCUGGCGUCACAAUCACCCUAGGAAUUCAAAUGAAAAAAACUCUAUGCCUUCAUAACUCGUUCUUAAAUUUUACAAAACAUACUGAAAGGUUGCAACUUUUUUGGCUGCUUCAAUUUCAUAAAUUCCAUUUAAUAAGAAAGAAUUGUAUCUUUUCUAUAGAACUUAGGGUGUUAUGGGAUGUUUCCAUUUGAGUCAGACCACGACUUUUCAUUAUAAUAAAAAUCCAACAAAGACAACAGAGAUAGAAAUAAUUGGGUUCAGUCGAAAAUCGAGGAAAUUCUUUUUCCUCGGAAGAUUUCUUUUCCCCGAUAUAUUUUCCAAACAUGUGACAUUCAAAUUUACUUGUGAAUGUUUAAAUAUUUCCUGAUUGGAAUCUUGAGGAAGUACUUGAGGUUAAAAUUCAUCAUUGAAAGUAAAACUGACAGGUGGAAAUGCAAAGAAAAUAGAACGCAUCACUCAUGCUCUCCAGAAGAGACUAGUAAAAGAAUGUAAUCUUUGGAGAAUGCAAUCUUUUAUGAGUUGAAUAUAAAGAUUUCAUUUUUGAAUUAACCUAAAGAUUGGGACUUAAAAUUUUACAAUCACUAAUUAGCAGACUUUUUAAAUGACUGCAAGGAUUUUUUUCAAUCAUUCGAUUGCACUGAAUUGAUUGCAAUCAUUUGAGACUUCGUUCAUUCUUUGCAUUCACUUGAAUUCUUGGCAGUCUUUAGUCUACACACUUUUGAAAUAUUGAUUUUAAUCUCUUGGUGUCUGCCAUAGAAAACUAUUUAAUGUAGUGACAUUUCACUGCAAAACAAUACAAAGACUUUAAGUAAAAGCAGAGACUUUAAGUGAGGGCAAAGACUUUACGUGAAGGCAAAUAAUUCAAGUGAAUGCAAAGAUCGAAUAAAAAACUUUAAAAGUAAAAGGAAGCAAAGACAUCAAAUAAAUGCAAAGACUUCAAGUAAAUGCAAAUAAUGCACGAAGUCUCAAAUGAUUGCAAUUAAUUGAGUGCAAUCGAAUGAUUUGGGAAAUUGAUUUUAAUCUCUUGGUGUUAGCCACUGAAAACUGGUAUCCAAGGUGUUUUGACCACUUUAUAAAAUUUUAUGUAUUGACAUUUCACUGCAAAACAAUACAAAGACUUUAAGUGAAGGCAAAGACUUCAAGUGAAUUCUAAGACCGAAUACAAAACUUCAAAAGGAAGCAAGGACUUCAAGUAAAUGCAACGAAUGCAUGCAGUCUGAAUAUGAAUUCAGUCUUUUUAAGGUCAAAUGAUUAGUGAUUGCAUAAAAUUUGAAGUUUAAAUCUUUACGUAAAAUGAAUGAGUGCAAUAUUUAAGUUGAAUUCAAUUAAUGACUUAAAAUGAUUGCAUUCUCAAGUGAAUGCAUUCUUCACAUGUUUUUUUUAGAAUGAGUUAAAAGAGUCUUUAAAUAUACUUAGAAACAAUGUAUAAACAUUUUAAGUAAAUUAAAUUGUCAAAAAAGUAAUUUAUUGAAAAUCUACAUAUUCGAAUGCAAAUAACAAAAAGUAAUCUUCUACAAUUUACAAUCUCUUUUUUUGCUAAACAAUUGAAUAAUAAAUACUACACACCAUUCCUUUAUUACAUUUAAUAUUCUGUCUUUUAUAUAUUUUGCUAUUUUUAUAAUUAUUAUUUUUUUUUUAUUUUAUUUAUAUUUAUAUAAUAUUUAGAAAAUAAAUAUAUAUUAUUUUCUUAUGUUCAAUUUUGUGCAAUAUAAGUGUCUGAAUUUAUUUAAUUGCUUAUUGUAGUACCUGAAACUUAAAACAAACUAAACAAACAAAAAUGUCGUUUUUUAUUUAAAUUAUGCUUUGGAUAUUUUAAGUUUUCUAAACAAAGUUCAUCUGAAACAAACAAAAAUUAUAUAAUAAAACUUUAAUAAGUUAACAAAAACAACAAAGCUUUCAAGUAUUAGAAACAAAAACAAAAUAAAAAUAACACAAUACAUUCCAAAAGAAGGAAAAAAUAAGGAAAAAUAAAUGCAACGAAUUUUACUAUUCUGCUGGCUACAAUAACUCAACAAAACAAAAAAAAAUCUAUUUAUAGCAUUAAUUAAAAAAACAAAAAAACCACAAUCCCAUUGCUAAGUAAAUAUAUAUAUAUAGAAAACAAAAUAAUGUAUAUAGUCCUUUUUUUUGUUAUUAAAUUUUAAUUGCAAUAUUAAAACAAAAACAACAGGGGAAAGCUAUGCAAUAUGAAGAAAGAAAAAUAAACAUAAAUAAAUGUAUUUCAAUACAUAUUCAAAUAAAAAAAUUAAAUAAAUAUUUAAACAAAAAUUAAAAGAAAAAAAAACAUGUAUACGUAGGUAUGAAUUUUAUAAUUGUCUAUUGUGUUAUAUCCAUAACUCUUUUUUUUAUAUAUUUUUUUUCCAAACUAGAAUAAAUAUUUAGCAUAAAAUAAAAAAAAACUAUAUUCAUAUAAAUCAAUUAAAACUAAAAAAAAAUCAAUUAAGUCUUAAUGAAAAUAAAAUGCUUUAAUACAUUUUUAUGAAUAAAAAUAGUACAUAAUAAAAAUAAGUUAAUAAAAAUAAACAAACAAAUGAAAAACCAACAGAAAACAGAGCAAAAAAAAAGUAUUAUCUUAAAUCAAAUUAAACAAAAACAAAAAAGCUUAAAACAAUUUUAAGUGAAAAAUGCAAAACGUAAAAUAUUUUUUUUAUUUCUGUGUUAUUUCAUAUUUCUUUUUUGUUUUCAUUUUUCAUAAUUAAUCUCAUCGUUAAACUGACCUUUUUAUAAUAAUUACCUUAAAUACAUUUUUAAAUUUAAUAAACAAUUUAAAAACCUAUCAUUCCACAAAAUAUAAAUAAAAAUAAAAAUAAAAUAAA